UGUCACAACCAGCAAACUCACCACCGGAAACAGUAAAGAAAAACGUCAAAGCUCCAUUUUCUGCUGCCUUCUUUUUCCGGCAGACUCGGUUGCUGUUGAACACAUUUUCGUGGCAGCAGUGUAAAGUUUUUCCGUUUAUCAACCACAAUGGUCAAUCUACGUAAAAGGAAGAAGACCAGGAAACUACGUGGUCAUGUCAGCCAUGGACAUGGACGUAUCGGAAAGCACCGUAAGCAUCCUGGAGGUCGUGGUAACGCUGGAGGUAUGCACCAUCACCGGAUAAACUACGAUAAGUACCACCCUGGUUACUUUGGUAAAGUUGGUAUGAGGAAUUUCCACCUGAACCGCAACCACCAGUACUGUCCAACGUUGAAUCUGACCAAACUAUGGUCCUUGGUCGGCGAGGACAAGCGCAUCGAGUGCAAGAAGGACAAAGCAAAGGUGCCUGUGGUGGAUCUAGUGAAAUUUGGUUACUUCAAACUGCUCGGAACGGGCCAUAUUCCCAAUCAGCCUAUCAUCGUAAAAGCCAAGUUUUUCUCGCGAAAGGCGGAAAAUAAAAUUAAGGCUGCAGGCGGUGCUUGCAUUCUGAGGGCGUAACGACCAACAACUAAUUUGCUGUAAGAUGGAGAAUUCGCGAAAAAUAUACAAUUUUUUUGGCGAAUAAGA